CAAAACUCCAUUAGAAGUUGACGCAGGCGCUUUCAUUCAAAUACAAUCCUUACAAGCGGACUGCCACCGCAACAGUACGUCGGGUGCGUUCAUCAAGUAACCAUGGCUAAGUCGGAACCAAUGUCUAGAAGUACUAGCUAUAGAAGUAACAAUGAUUAUAGUCUUCAACUGAGUCGAUGGUUUAUCAAACCGAUUGGUGUUUGGCCACAAAUGAACGGCUCAAGCACAGCGUGCAAGAUAUUCACGUUAUUACACAUUUCUCUUUGUCUCAUCGUGGUGGCAAUGAUAAUGAUACCAUGCACAUUAUUCGUAUUAUUCGAGAAAACUAACAUCAAACUGAAGCUGAGCGCUAUUGGUCCGUUGCUUCACAGAGUAAUGGGUUCGGUAAAUCUGUGGAUGCUUUUAACGCGCCGUGAUGACAUUUGUAAAUUAAUACGACACAUGGAGACAGAUUGGAAAAUUAUAAAUAGAAUCGAAGAUCGCGAAGUAAUGUUGCAAUACGCCAAGUUCGGUCGUUUCGUUGCCGGGAUCUGUGGGGUGAUUAUGCAUGGCGGUGCAUUUCUGUUUAGCAUAGCCAGGGCGAUAAAAACUAUAAGUUUUACCGUCGGCAACGAGACCUUUAGGAUGCAUCCGAUGACGUGUCCAAUUUACAGCAAUAUCAUCGACGCGAGAUUUAGCCCUGUGAACGAAAUCGCGUUGGCUCUACAGUUCCUGUCAACAUUUAUAGUGAGUUCGUCUACCGUCGGUGCUUGUAGUCUAGCUGCCGUCUUCGCAAUGCAUGCCUGUGGUCAAUUGAACGUGCUAUACAUAUGGCUACAAGAACUCGUAGAAAACCAGAAGGGAAAUCAUACAGCCGAACGAAAACUAGCUAUUGUCGUGGAGCAUCAUCUUAGAGUACUGAGUUUUUUAACACGCGUAGAAAGUAUUAUGAAUAAGGUCUCUCUUGUGGAACUGAUGGGGUGUACGAUAAAUAUGUGCUUGCUUGGAUAUUACUUAAUUAUGGCCUGGGACGAUUUUGAUGCAACAAAAAUAACAUCUUAUGUUAAUGUAUAUUUAUCCAUGGCUUUCAAUAUUUUUAUAUUUUGCUAUAUUGGAGAGAUUAUCACAGAACAGUGCAAACGUGUCGGUGAAAUGGCAUAUAUGACCGAUUGGUAUAAAUUACAUCACAAAACUGCACUUGGUCUCGUUUUAAUAAUUGCACGCUCAGGUAACGCGAUGAAAAUCACUGCAGGAAAAUUAUUUCAAUUAUCUAUCGCAACUUUCGGCGAUGUAAUUAAAACUUCCGUCGUAUAUUUAAAUCUCUUAAGAACAUUAACUAUGUGAAACAUAAGAUCACAAAUGUAAAAAAUAUAUUUUGUAUAAAUUAAGAUAUAGGACAAAUAUGCCCACUAAACUACAAGAUAUAAAUAAUCUUAACUAUUCUUUAGACUAAGUCAAUAUAAGUUGAAGAUUAUUAAGCAAUGUGCACACUUAGAGCGUCCGCAGUAAA